GAGCGGCAGUGCCGUGAGCGCGCCUUCCGUGUCUGACAGCCAGCGGUGCGACUGCGAACUGGACUCAUCAACGGCUAGCGAUCCACACCUCGCGCGUUAUCUAACAAAUUCUGCUCCGCGGAUCGUUUCUUCAUCUCAUUCCUUCGCUACUAUUCCUCCAAAAUGAACCCACUGUGUGGCAGAUGUAACCGAGUGGUGUAUCCCACGGAAAAAGUGAAUUGUCUUGACAAGUACUGGCAUAAAGGAUGCUUUAGCUGUGAGGUCUGUAAGAUGACUCUAAACAUGAAGAACUACAAAGGCUUUGAGAAGAGACCAUACUGUAAUGCACACUAUCCGAAGACGUCAUUCACCAGUGUUGCAGACACUCCGGAGAACCUGCGCCUGAAACAGCAAAGCAAGAUGCAGAGCCAGGUGCUCUACAAGGAGGAAUUUGAGAAGAACAAAGGAAGGGGCUUCAGCGCUGUGGCCGACACACCAGAGAUGCAGAGAAUCAAGAAAACGCAAGACCAAAUAAGCAACAUUAAAUACCAUGAGGACUUUGAGAAGAGCCGAAUGGGAGGGGAAGGCCCACCUCAGCACCCACAGACACCUCAACAAAUCACAACUCCAGCAUAUCAGCCCCCGGCAGCAUCUAAGAACUAUCACUAUGAGCCUGAGCCCGUGCGUCAGGCCGCUGCCGCCCCUCCUCCCAGCUCUGGGAAGCGCUACCGAGCGGUGUACGACUACACCGCAGCUGAUGAGGACGAGGUGUCGUUCCUGGACGGUGACCUGAUCCUGGACGUUCAGCAGAUCGACGAGGGUUGGAUGUACGGAAGAGUGGAGCGCACUGGCCAGCAGGGGAUGCUGCCUGCUAACUACGUAGAGGCCAUCUGAACAUGAGAGAGUGAAAGGAUGAAAAGGUUGAAAAAAAAGAGAGAGGGGGUUGCGGCAGAGACGCAGAUGAUUAGCCGAGUGCCAUCUCACCUUUCAAGAUCUCAUCUUUUUCCUCUUCUAUUCCUGCACUAACUGUCCUAUCAGGGGUCAGCCGCUGUGACCCGGUUAUGAUCCAAAACAAACAUAGUUCAGUAUGUAAUCAUACACCCCAGCAGCGCAUACACGUACUUGCAUAAAUAGUGAAUGAUUUACUCCUUUCACCCAUAUCUUUCUCUCUGUAUGCACCUCCCUGUCUAUUGCUUUUGCUGUCUGUUUAUCUUUUUAAAUACGCGUUUCCUCAGUCCUGGAAAGGUGCUGUCACAAGUGGCACUUAAGUCUUAAUAAGACUCGCGCACACACAAACCCACAAAAUACAUGACCACACAGGCCUCUAAAAUAUUUAGGGCCUGCCGUAGAGCACUUCGCAGACAUCUCAACAAAUUUAUCUUAUCGGUUGCUAUGACAAUAUGUGAAAGAAUCUGGUCCGAACUUCAGUUGUUAUGUUGUUGUUUUUUCAUAUAUAUAUAUAUAUUUUUAAUUGUUUCAUAUCUUGUUUGCAGUCUGAGCUUCACAUCUCAUUGACUGUGGUUCUGUAACAAUGCUUGAAUAUAAGACUUCUGGUCAUUCCAAUCAUUCCAUACGUCUGACCAUUUGCAUCAUGUGUUGAAACUGGAAUCUUAAGGGGCGAAGCCUUUUGCUACUUUCAUAUUCAUUCAAGCUCCUUCACAUUCCGCUGGCCCUUUAGGAAAUUAAUUAGAAUAUUUGAGCAUACUUUUGUUCUGCUGCUCCUGCUUUUAAAAAUGACAAGGAAAUAGUGAUGUACUUAAUAAAGGGAAAAAAAUAAACUAUAUAGUCACUUAGCGAGCGAGGAGUGGAUCAGCAUCGUAGAAUAGAAGCGAGGAGCCCAAGCACAAUUCUAUGGACCAUUUUUGCUUUGGAUUUUAAUCAUUCCUUUGGUUUUGUUCCAUUACGGUUUUGGGGUGUUCCAUGUGCAUAGUAUGAAACUGUAAGACGUUGUUAUUGAUGUUUUUGUUAGUUUGAUUUUUUUUUUUUUUCAUAUCAUUGCUUAUUCACAUUGCCUUGCUGGUAUUGUACGAGACGGAAUUUUAAUGUCAAUUUAUCAAUAUCAGUGGAAUAAAAACAAUCUAUUUGUAUACCAA